GGGGCCGGAAGGCAGCGCGGCCCGGGCAGCCGUGCGCGCCGUGCGGGAGGAGGGCCGGGCCUCGGCGUCGCCGCCGCUGCGGGUCAGGCAGCCUUCCGCAGUGGGGGUGGGUGAGCGGCGGAGCGCGCAGGCCGGGGGAAGGGCCAGGCCCCGCCGCCUCGCUGGGCGAUGGAGUGAGGCAGCGCGGCUCGAGGAAGAUGGCCGGUGGCGGCGGCGGCGGCGGCUGCAGAGACAGCUUGUUUCUGGAAGCUUUGGAUAGAUCACAGUCCAAGAGAGAUGGAGGUUUUAAAAAUAAUUGGAGCUUUGAUCAUGCAGAAGAAAGUGAAGGAGAUGCAGAGAAAGAUGAGGCAAAUCUGCUCAGCAUAGAUGACAGUGAUGGGCCCUUCGGUCCGAAUGAAGAAAGAAAGUCCUUUCGUUGUCGGCCUGGAGCUGUCGGCAUCAGUGGUGAUUCCAUAAAAACAUACGCGAGGCGAGGCAAAGCUGCAAGCUUGAGACCUUUUAAAGGGAAUGCAAUUGGCCUCAACAUGAUGGGAAAUAGCAAGAAACUGAGUGAAAAUGCUCAGAAUGUGUCUUGUCCUGUAACUGUGGUACAUGGUAGACGCUUUCACCAUGCGCAUGCACAGACAACAGGAGUAAAAACAGCAGCCCAAAGCAAUCUGGACCGAAAGGAAAGAAAAGAAUACCCUCCUCAGCUUCAGAAAGUAGAAGCAGACCACAUUAGGUUACCACGGCCUCAAGGACUGGACAGUGUAAUGGAAAACACAGAAGAGUCAGAGUCAGAAUCUGAAUCUGAAAUUAAGAGAAAAGUGCAACAAAAACGUCACUGCAACUCAUUUCAGUCUGACUUGUCACUAUCUUCAGCAAAAAAAGGCUUGACCCAGUUGAAGCUUUUGGAACCAAUUGAGUACUCUACUGAUUGCCCAAAUUGUGGGCGGGCAAAUGAAAACCAGACCAAAUGUCGACAUUGUGAAAAUUUGCAAAGAGUCUCCAGACAAGCUGGAACAUUAAGUGAAUCUGUGGGACCUUUAUCACGUUCUUCAAUACAUCAGAACUCAGCGGGGCAAAAAUCUUCAGGUACAGGGUUCAACACAAAGAAGUUUUAUAGUUCUGCUGUUGGGAAAGGUCCAGCAGAUAUUCUACUGAGUAAUGAAGUUGUAGGACAUUCUCUGUUGCGACAGAAUGGAAAAGUUGGUCUUCUAGCUGGGACAAAAAAUGCUAAAAUUACUGGAAACUUAAGACAGAGAAAUACAAGACCAUCAGAACUAAAUGAUCCAAUUGUUUUAUCUAGUGAUGAUGAUGAGGAGGAGGAUAGUGGCAGCACUAGGAGAAUGGAAAGCAUUUCACCUCGUCCUGCAGAUUCAGCCCGCUCCUCCCCAGCUCCUUCUACAGGAAAGGUGGAAGCAGCGUUAAAGGAAAACAGUUGUGGAAUAGAACAGAGAAUAGGUAGUAUUACAACAGAUACAGAAAUUGCAGUCACACUACCAAGAAAAGCAAGAAUGAAAGAUCAGUUUGGCAACAUUGUGUCUAACACUCCAAUCAAACGUCGUAAACUGAUUUCUCAAGAAAUUGUAACUGAGGCUGUGCCACCACUAACUUAUCAAAAUUCAUGUGAAAGUGUCAUUCUGAACUGUCGAAGUAUACGAAUAGGAACCCUACGAAGAAUGGUAGUGGAACCAGUGAUUUUUUGUCUGGAUUAUAUAAAAAUACGCUUAGAAAGUCAAGAAGAAUCAGAGAGUGAUGUCCGAGAGAUAAACCUGAAAACUUCAGAACUUACCAAAUGUGAAUGGUGUAGUGUCAGAAAAUUACCAGUAGUUUUUCUACAAACAGUACCAUCAACCUGCAGUAGCCUGAGAGACCAGCUGAAAAUGAGUAAAGAUAAUGUCUGGUACGAAUGUAAAGGAGACAGUCAAGAAGAACAGUACAUCAUUUUAAUUUUUGAAACUGGUCUUGAUCCUCAUGCAAACUCAAUAUUUGAAAAAAUAAUCACUGACAUUGGUAUUAGAAAUAAUAUUUCUGACUUCUUCGUGAAAAUUUCCUUUGAAGAAGCCAAUGGCAGACUUGUUGCAUUUACUAAAUGCUUGGAAGACAAUUCCAAAGGAAGCCCUUCUCAUAGAGAAAACAAAAUUAAAAAUGUUGCUCCUGACUCCAAAGUGCAGCCGCGAAAUAAACAGUUACCAUAUUUUGAUGAUGAAGAAGAGAUUGGAGAACCACAUACAGUAUUUAUUGGUCCCAUAGAAAAGCUGAUAGUUUAUCCGCCUCCUCCAGCUAAAGGUGGUAUUUCUGUGACCAAUGAAGACCUCCACUGUCUAAAUGAAGGAGAAUUUUUAAAUGAUGUUAUUAUUGAUUUUUAUUUAAAGUAUUUGGUACUUGAGAAACUGAAAAAAGAAGAUGCUGAUAGAAUACAUGUGUUCAGUUCAUUCUUCUACAAACGCCUUAAUCAAAGAGAAAGAAGAAAUAUUCAUGAAACUUCAAACCUCUCAAUACAACAAAAACGACAUGGGCGAGUAAAAACGUGGACACGUCACGUUGACAUUUUUGAGAAAGAUUUCAUUUUUGUUCCUCUUAAUGAAGCUGCCCACUGGUUUUUGGCUGUAAUCUGUUUUCCUGGCUUAGAGAAACCCAAAUAUGAACCAAAUCCCCAUUACCAUGAAAAUGCUGCAGCACAGAUAAAAUCUUCCUCUUCCGAUGGAGAGAGCAACACACCAUCUCCUUUACCAAAUGAGUUGGAUACACAAAACUCGCCUUCUAAAUCCACAGCAAAGAAGACAUUGACCAAAAAAUACAGUACAGCUUUAACUGAUUCAAGCACUGAAACGCAGGACAGUGACUCUUCAUGUUGUAGAAGAAGUCCUUGUAGGGUAAAAAGUGGUUUCAAAAAACUAAAUCAAAUAGACAGUGAUGUGGAAGAACCUAAUACUGUUGAAUCAGCAUGCCUCAGACUGGACCAUAGGACUCCAGAUGAAAAUGGUGUACAGGGUGAAUUCACAACUGCUAGCCAAUCUAUGGAUGGACUGCACAAAAUCAGGCUAAACUACAGUGAAGACUCAGCUGAUGGUGGUAAAUUAAAUGAAGAUGAGCUUAUAGAUUUUUCUGAAGACCAAGAUAAUCAGGAAGACAGUAGUGAUGAUGGUGGCCUGGAUGACAGCUGUAAUUCAGAAAUGGGACAGUGGCACCUAAAGCCUACUAUCUGCAAACAGCCCUGCAUUUUGCUUAUGGAUUCACUGAGGGGCCCUUCCCGGUCGAAUGUCGUGAAAACACUAAGGGAGUAUUUAGAGGUAGAAUGGGAGGUCAGGAAAGGCAAUAAAAGAAGCUUUUCCAAAGAGGUCGUGAAAGGCUCCAACCCCAAAGUGCCACAACAAAACAACUUCAGUGAUUGUGGAGUGUACAUACUGCAGUAUGUAGAGAGCUUUUUUGAGAAUCCUAUUCUGAGUUUUGAGCUACCAAUGAACUUAACAGACUGGUUUCCACGCCCACGGAUGAAAACCAAAAGAGAAGAAAUACGAAAAAUCAUCCUGAAGCUGCAGGAACAGCAGAACAAAGACAAGAAGGGACAGAAGGACCCAGCUGCAGCAGAAAGAUCUUUGCAGGAAAAAACAGAACAACUUCUCAACAGCAGCUCAGACUGAAUGUUGUAUCUGUUGCAUGUUAGCUCCACAAGCAAAACUGAAAUAUGCGUUUUGUCUGCCCAGACUAAAUAAAGAUUUGACGUAUUCUCUGCUCAAAGUUACUUGGGAAUGUUUAAUGCCUGUAUAAAUGUGUGUCAUAAAAUGAUUUAAUUUCCACAAAGAUGUGUAUUAAGUAAGCAAGUCUGUACAUAUGUUAAUGAGGCCAACCUUUUUCAGCAUUUGUAAUUACUUCUUUUCCACUUGUUAGGGAGCUUUUGUUAUGUAUUUCUGUUAAUAGAACUUAAAUAGCAACUUCUAAACAUAAAGCAAAUAAAGAAAAUAUUUAUAGGAUAAAAUGGUUAACUUUUUCUUUUUCAGUAAAGCUGUAAUGUUACAGGCUUACGUAACAUGUAGCGAAUAAUUUGGUAGAAAGGUAAUUCAUAUUUUGACCCUAUUUAGUUGCCCUUUACAAGGUUAUUCUGCUUGCGCUACAAACAGUAAUAUGGGUAAGUGUCUCAGUGUACCAUGGCCUCAGAGAGGGUGAUUCCCAUCCUCGCAGUAUCUAAGUGUAGGCAGUGUAAUAGUUAAUAGGACUGCUUCAGAUUUGGGAUUUUAAAAGAUACACGUUGCAAUUAAAAUUCCUCACUUGCUUUAGUGGGACGGGCUAAGGGAAGGGGGAGAAUGCUCUUUGACCAGAGAUUACUAUUCAAACAGUAUUAUAAAAGUGGUUUCGAUGAAGUGAUCUUGAGUGAUACUAUUAAAUCAUAUUUUGUGGAUCCCAAUUGUUGUACAGGUGUAUUUUGAGACUUUCUUCAUUAUAAAGUUGUAUUUUGGUAAGUGUACUUGGAAUAGCAGAUUGCCCACAUUACAUUUUCUAUGUUACAAUUCUGAAUGUUACAUUCAUAUGUGCUUUAUCUAAGUAAUGAACAUUUAAAAAAAAAAAAAAAAGUGUAUGAUUACUAUUUUUUGUAAUAUCCACUAAAAAAAAAAAAAAAAAAAAAAAAAAAAAACAGUGUUCAUUGCUUGCUUGUUUGUUCUUGGCUUUAGGUAGCAUCAGACUAAUGCUGGGAUUUGUUUGGAUAUUUCCAGUGCAUUUUGAUUUUAAAAUAGUUUAAAAUGCCAUUGUUGCUUACAGUGCAAACAGCCUUUUAUCCUUGUUAAAAAGGCUUUGGUAUUCAGAUGAGUAAAAUAAGAAGUGGAUUAUACAAAGAGAUGUAUAUCCAGUCUGCUGCUAGUUUAGAUGUCUCUGAAGCAAGCUGGAAGCCGUCCCUUUCUGGGACAGAGUCUCUCACAGGUAGAGAGGGGCUUUCUAUCCUGCCUUGGACACAGGAUUUCUCUUCUGGUUCUUCUACUGGGAGUGUAAUUUGUAAUUCCCUUCUCCUCAACAGAUGCAGCAGAGACUUCCUUAGCUGAGCUGUGUAACCCAAGACCAGUUUUUACACGUGAGAUCAAGUGUACUUGAAGCCUCAGUACUUGAGGUUUCUCCGUGACUUUCCAUUCUCCCUGAACCCUGAAAACAUGGCUGCUAAUGACAUUCCUGCCAGGGCAUUUCUGAAACUGAGUUCACUCACUGAGGCAGUGAUUGCACAUAGAGCAAUGCAGCCGUGGGCUGUUAACUUUUUGCACAGGUGACUCACGGGAUCUGGGGAGGACUUGUUCAUUCCUUCGUCUCUUCUUACACAGACUCUGGUCCCCGUGCAUAUGUAAGCACCGCAUGUCUCUUACAGAUGACUCCUACAUGGGUUUCUUGGUCGUAUUAUGUGGGGGCAGUUUUCUGGUUUACAAAUUAAAUGUGUAAGGGACACGUGUAGGAGUUAUUUCUGCCAUGGAAUUAGUCUACUAUUCUUGCCGUAAAAACAAAAUAAAGAAAAUAAGUACUAAAAUAACUUUAGAUUGCUUCCCUGCGGUGUCUUGUAUGCUUUCAGUGCAACUAAUGUAUUGGAAUAGUUCUUUACAAAUACACAUGAAUCAGUGAUGGCUUGCAGAGAGGAAAGUAAUUUCCUGGAAAUAUAGAGACAAUUGCAAGUGCAACGUAUUCUCAGUUAAGAUUUCCCCCCCCGUUACAUGUUCUCAUGGUGUGGAGUAUAUCCACGUUUGGUUAGUAUAAUAGUUUGCCUUAUUCUGACGUUUGUGAUGCAGGUUCAUAAUUUGAUGUGGAACUAUUUGGUUCUCUUGCUAGGAAUGGCCUGGUGCUUCCUCCUUUUCCUUCCUCUUUCCUGUUGUCCUCAUCUUCCUCCCUCCCAAUUUUCAGAGCUGUGAAGAAGGUGUUUGAUUUAUCUUACAAUGUUAAAGGUCUGAAGAUCUUCAGUCCUAUAUAGCAAGCUAAUAUACAUGUUAAAUAUAGGAAACUUAUUUUUUUAAUAAAAUGUGAUGUUAAUAGAAAAAAAAAGAAUUAAGAAUGAGUUUUUUUUAAAUGUUGCUGACUUGAUUUAAAUAGUUCACCGCUAUGUGUGCUUUCUGUAGGCAUUUGUUCAUUCCGUAGGAAUUAGCUGCAACACUGUUCUGCAAUCUAACGAGGAGUGUCACCAUUGACUUUCCCGAAUCAGAGCUAUUCAGAGAUGAGCAGGGAGGGAUCUAAAUGUUUUUAUGACAACAAAUAUACUUUGAGGAAAGUUAUGUUUCCUUAUAAACCUUCAGAUCGCAAAUGCAUUGAGUAGUACAGCUGUGUUCUGCAGCACAGGGUAUCAGCUUCCUGCCUAAUUAAAUGUAUCUCUUUGUAUUGUUUUUCAGGUUGGAUAGAAUAACAGUUAAGAGUUCCUUUAAAAGUUUUAGAUUACUUAGCAUGAAAAAUGGAUGUGCUUCUGGUGCACGCUUGCAGGUUAGCUGCAGAAGUAGAAGAGCUGUCUCAGCAGUCCCUCGAGACAUUGUUUUUCCUUGCUGAAAGAACUGAGCAUGCCAUCUGAAGAGCAGAGGCUCCAACAGGGACUGCUCAGUUCAUUGCUGUGGGUACGCUCACUCCUGUGUUGGAAGAACAUGUUUUCUAAAAAGCUCAUCAAAGAAAGAGUUGAAAAAUCAAGAAAUUUUACCAUGAUGAGGAAACCAUGUGAUUUAUAUAUAUAUAUAUAUGUGUGUGUGUAUAUAUACAUUUGAUUUGUUACUGUGUGGUAAACUUACAAAGUAGAACAGGAGAACAAGGAGCCUUUCAGUUUGAAUCCUGUUAACGUAGCUCCUCUGGAAACUUGAGUGAACCUCUCUGAUGAGCAAACAGCAGCAGCUUCCACACUUUGCAGAUUCACUACAUUUUAUUUCUUGGACUUUUUUAAAUGAAAACACUUCCAGUCACUGGUUAAAGCUUUGCAUUGUUAUCCUUCAGCUCCACAUGCUCAGUACAAAACCUCUGUGCUGUGUGCUUGAAUUCACAGAGGAUCUCAGCCUCCCGAAGUCUUUUGACUCUUCCUGUCUAUUUCUGGCAGUCCCCGGGGAACUGAUGUUAGGAAUUAUAACUUUGCAACAGUAACAAUGAGGUAACAGCCGUUUUAUUUCCCUUUUGCCACCUUGUCUUAAAACUAAAUCAUUUGUGCCUAUCUCGGCUAUCUGUGCUCAAAGAACGAUGCAAUAAAAGUGUUCUGUGGG